AGACCCUGGCCAAUGAGAUCCCAUUGGCAAAAUCCGCCAUCCGCACACAAACUGGGAAAAUUUCCGUGUCGCGAUCGAAAAGUCAGUCAGAAACACUCAACCAUCCAGCCAACCCAUCUCGAGUUUCUCGCCGACCACCCCCUUCUCUCGACGACAUCGCCCUCUCGACAACCGACAACAUGUCUCACGAAUCUGUCUGGAACUCCCGCCCCCGCACCUACGGCAAGGGCUCUCGCAGCUGCCGUGUCUGCAAGCACACCGCCGGUCUCAUCCGCAAGUACGACCUCAACCUGUGCCGUCAGUGCUUCCGUGAGAAGGCCAAGGACAUCGGCUUCAACAAGUUCCGCUAAACGUCGAGAUUCGAGACGAAGGAUGGGACUUAAAGGUGGUUGGGCAUGAUGGCCCGUGGAAAAUGCAUUCAGACAGAGGGAGGCUUCCAAGGGCAUGGAGUUCUUAUGGCUGGCUUAACGGAAGUGUGUGCAGCUCCGUCGGACAUCCGUUGAGGAUAGACGAAUACCACGACAUUGAACCUUACCACCAUCCUAUCUGGAGGCCCUCAAAAGACUAAGCCAAGACUGAGUUGCGCGUGACGGCGCGACGGACUGUAGAUCGUGAGACCGCGCGACAAAAGCUAUCUCACAAGCUAGUACGGCCCUGCAAGUUCUGGGGAUGCAAUAAUGACUCGAGGUUCAUUUACGUUUGAUCCCUUAAAUCAGCGAGGACAACA